AAGCGUUCGUAGCCUACGUUAUUCGUAAGAGUUUACGAUCGAAAAUAAGAAAGUUUUACUAAUUUUUACGACCGAUCCACAAAGCGUUCUUAAUCCAUUCGUAAAUUCAUUAUCUUACGAGCAUUGUCGUAAAUAAAGAUCGUCGCUCUCCUGCUGAGGAGGCGACGAAUAUAGGGGGGUUUCCCAAUGACGUCAUUACUUCAAGGGAAUCCCUGCACUCGGUUAGCAGACGACACAUUCCGUGUCACCAACACACCGACAUGAAUUCCAGUCAAUCGUCAGCCACCAUCAAGCGCCAGAGAAACAAAAACUGGACCCACACAGAGUUGAGUCUUCUCGUGGAAUUUGUCGAGGCAAAAAAAACCUUACUAUUUUCGUCAUUCACGAACAAUGUAACAAACAUCAUGAAGAAAAAGGCAUGGGAUGACAUUUCACAGAGAAUUAGUGCAAACAGUGGGGUCAAGAGACUUACCAAAGAUGUCAAAAAGAAGUGGAUGGACUACAAGAGUCAAACAAGGAAAAAGGAGGCAGAAAGGAGGAGGGAGGCAACCAAAACUGGUGGGGGCCUCCACCAUCAAGCCUGACAGAAAUGGAACAGCGGACACUACUCCGGCCACCCCUGAGACUCUCCGUGUACUGCCGGAUUUGCCACGUGAUGGGGCCUACAGUCUACCUACCUACUCAGAGAGUUUGUUGUCAGCAGAUGAUGUUCCCCAAGUUGAUGCAGUUGAUACAGUUGAUGCAGUUGAUACAGUUGCACACUUUUGAUGGCCUCAAAGACUCUCAGUGAUAAGGAUACUAUUGUUAUGAUAGAGAGGGAGAAACUGAACGUCCUUAAGGACCUGCUUGAAGUUCAAAAGAAGAGACUACACAUUGAGGAGCAGAAGUUUGCCUAUAUCACCUCUCUGCACCAAACUGGCCAAUCUGAACUCAAUGUGUCCCCAAUCAUUCAGUUUCUUUGACAAAUAUGCAUUUGCACAACUAUUAAAAAAUCAGACUGUU